CAUUCUUACCUAUGUUUCAUAGUAGUCCUGAAGUGUCCUCUAAUUUUCCUAAGUUACGAAAAAGAAUUCGAAAGAGAAUGCCUCCGAACACAGUUGAUAUAAUACCGGUAGAUCCCGAUGUUGAGUCUGUUAAUAUCAACAAUGGGAAAUCAGCUGUCAUUUCGCCAGCGGUUGUACAAAGGAAUGAGGAGAAAUAUGGCCUCAGGAUGUUUGUGUCUUCUUUGACUUUGCUAGCCAACAUUCUCACAGGAAUGUGCGUCGCCGUCGCAUUACUCUUCGCGUUCAGAGCUGGUCUGCCGCUCGGGGCUACUCCUCAACAUAUCGUCUUAUGCGUCAUUGGGUAUCAGCUACUAAUGGCUCACGCCAUUCUGAGUCUGUCUUCGGAAAGUGGUUGGACAUCAAAGUUCAGAAUGGUGGACAAGAGGCGAGUCCACUGGAUCCUGCAGAUCCUCGGCUCUGGUCUAGCUAUCACCGGUAGCUUUAUCAAGAUCCUUGACAAAACAGUCCACUGGAACACAAUACACGGACAGUUUGCACUGGUGGCUCUAGUCUUCACAACAGUGAGCCUUGUUAAUGGGUGCACAUCUCUUUGGGCUUACGAACUCAAACGCUUCUUACCCAUGAACCUUUCCAAGAUCGCCCACAUCUGUCUAGGAACCGUCGGAUUCGUCGCUGCUAACAUCACAUUCUGUCACGGAAUGGACAAAAGUUUCUUCAGGUCGUGGGCCACUGACGCUCUCGCAAAUACUUUUAUUUCCUUCGUCGCCAUAAUGACUUUUAUCGUCAUCCUCAACCCACUGCUUAGUUUUUACACCAAAACUAAGAGUGUUUUUAAGAAAUAGUUUUAUGUAAUAAUAAUCUUUAACAAUAAUUACUAGUGAAGUAGAAUAAGCUUAAUUAUCGACCUUAUUAUAAGAAUCUCUGUGAUAGAAAUAGUCAUUUUAUUUUAGUAAAAUAUUAAUUCGAUUGUGAGAAUAGUCGGUUAAAUAAAUUGGUG